CGUCUUCGGACACUACUACGGAGCCAUGUGAGACUACCACGGAGCCAUGUCUGAAUUCCACGUCUUCCGAAACUACCACAGAACCCUGUGAGACCACGACGGAGCCAUGUCUGAAUUCCACGUCUUCGGACACUACUACGGAGCCAUGUGAGACCACGACGGGGCCAUGUCUGAAUUCCACGUCUUCCGAAACUACCACAGAACCCUGUGAGACCACGACGGAGCCAUGUCUGAAUUCCACGUCUCCUGAAGCUACCACAGAACCCUGUGAGACCACGACGGAGCCAUGUCUGAAUUCCACGUCUUCGGACACUACUACGGAGCCAUGUGAGACUACGACGGAGCCAUGUCUGAAUUCCACGUCUUCAGAAACUACCACUGAGCCAUGUGAGACCACGACGGAGCCAUGUCUGAAUUCCACGUCUUCUGAAACUACCACAGAACCCUGUGAGACCACGACGGAGCCAUGUCUGAAUUCCACGUCUUCGGACACUACUACGGAGCCAUGUGAGACCACGACGGAUCCAUGUCUGAAUUCCACGUCUUCCGAAACUACCACAGAACCCUGUGAGACCACGACGGAGCCAUGUCUGAAUUCCACGUUUUCCGAAACGACGAAUGAGCCAUGUGAGACCACGACGGGGCCAUGUCUGAAUUCCACGUCUUCCGAAACUACCACAGAACCCUGUGAGACCACGACGGAGCCAUGUCUGAAUUCCACGUCUCCUGAAGCUACCACAGAACCCUGUGAGACCACGACGGAGCCAUGUCUGAAUUCCACGUCUUCGGACACUACUACGGAGCCAUGUGAGACUACGACGGAGCCAUGUCUGAAUUCCACGUCUUCGAAAACAACGAAUGAGCCAUGUGAGACCACGACGGAGCCAUGUCUGAAUUCCACGUCUUCUGAAACUUACACAGAACCCUGUGAGACCACGACGGAGCCAUGUCUGAAUUCCACGUCUCCUGAAACUACCACAGAACCCUGUGAGACCACGACGGAGCCAUGUCUGAAUUCCACGUCAUCAAAAACGACGAAUGAGCCAUGUGAGACCACGACGAAGCCAUGUGAGACCACGAGGGAGCCAUGUCCGAAAUCCACGUCUUCCGAAACUACCACAGAACCCUGUGAGACAACGACAGAGCCAUGUCUGAAUUCCACGUCUUCGGACACUACUACGGAGCCAUGUGAGACUACGACGGAGCCAUGUCUGAAUUCCACGUCAUCAAAAACGACGAAUGAGCCAUGUGAGACCACGACGGAGCCAUGUCUGAAUUCCACGUCUUCCGAAACUACCACAGAACCCUGUGAGACCACGACGGAGCCAUGUCUGAAUUCCACGUCUCCUGAAGCUACCACAGAACCCUGUGAGACAACGACAGAGCCAUGUCUGAAUUCCACGUCUUCGGACACUACUACGGAGCCAUGUGAGACCACGACGGAGCCAUGUCUGAAUUCCACGUCUUCUGAAACUACCACAGAACCCUGUGAGACCACGACGGAGCCAUGUCUGAAUUCCACGUCUUCGGACACUACUACGGAGCCAUGUGAGACCACGACGGAGCCAUGUAAGACUACCACGGAGCCAUGUCUGAAUUCCACGUCUUCCGAAACUACCACAGAACCCUGUGAGACCACGACGGAGCCAUGUCUGAAUUCCACGUCAUCAAAAACGACGAAUGAGCCAUGUGAGACCACGACGGAGCCAUGUCUGAAUUCCACGUCUUCCGAAACUACCACAGAACCCUGUGAGACCACGACGGAGCCAUGUCUGAAUUCCACGUCUUCUGAAACUACCACAGAACCCUGUGAGACCACGACGGAGCCAUGUCUGAAUUCCACGUCUUCGGACACUACUACGGAGCCAUGUGAGACUACGACGGAGCCAUGUCUGAAUUCCACGUCUUCUGAAACGACGAAUGAGCCAUGUGAAACAACGACAGAGCCAUGUCUGAAUUCCACGUCUUCGGACACUACUACGGAGCCAUGUGAGACCACGACGGAGCCAUGUGAGACUACCACGGAGCCAUGUCUGAAUUCCACGUCUUCUGAAACUACCACAGAACCCUGUGAGACCACGACGGAGCCAUGUCUGAAUUCCACGUCUUCGGACACUACUACGGAGCCAUGUGAGACAACGACGGAGCCAUGUCUGAAUUCCACGUCUUCGGACACUACUACGGAGCCAUGUGAGACCACGACGGAGCCAUGUCUGAAUUCCACGUCUUCUGAAACUACCACAGAGCCAUGUGAGACCACGACGGAGCCAUGUCUGAAUUCCACGUCUUCGGAAACGACGACUGAGCCAUGUGAGACCACGACGGAGCCAUGUAAGACUACCACGGAGCCAUGUCUGAAUUCCACGUCUUCUGAAACUACCACAGAACCCUGUGACACCACGACGGAGCCAUGUCUGAAUUCCACGUCUUCGGAAACGACGAAUGAGCCAUUUGAGACCACGACGGAGCCGUGUCUGAAUUCCACGUCUUCCGAAACUACCACAGAAACCUGUGAGACUACCACGGAGCCAUGUCUGAAUUCCACGAAUUCAGAAACUACCACGGAGCAAUGUGAAACCACGACGGAGCCGUGUCUGAAUUCCACGUUUUCGGAAACUACCACGGAGCUAUUUGAGACCACGACGGAGCCAUGUCUGAAUUCCACGUCUUCCGAAACUUCCACGGAGCCAUGUGAGACCACGACGGAUCCAUUUGAGACUACCACGGAGCCAUAUCUGAAUUUCACGUCAUCAAAAACGACGAAUGAGCCAUGUAGACCACGACGGAGCCAUGUGAGACCACGACGGAGCCAUGUGAGACUACCACGGAGCCAUGUCUGA